AUGGUGGAUGUGAAGUGUCUGAGAGACUGUGAAUUACAGAACCGACUUGAGAAUCUUGGAUUUUCACCUGGUCCCAUGCUACCUUCCACCAGAAAGUUGUAUGAAAAAAAGUUAGUGCAACUGUUGGUCUCACCUCCCUGCACAGCACCUAUGAUGAAUGGACCCAGAGAGCUGCAUGGACCUGAGGACAGUGACGACAGCGAAGAGCUUAAUAUCAUUUUGAAAGGAAAUAUCACAGUCUCCACAGAAAAAAGCAAGGAACCCAAAAAAAGACCCAAGGCUUUCACCACUAAUCCAAAGGCUCUAGAUGUCUACUGCCCAAAUUAUAAGGCUUUCAAGAAAAUAAGGUGUGCUGCAAGAGCAGCAAGCAUCAGAAUCAAAGGUGGGACUAUCACCAAAGGGAAAGACUGCUGUGUGGUAAACUGGAAUGUUGAGAGCAGGGGGCAAGAAGUGUUCCCAGUGGGCUUGAAGCUUGCUGUGCUUGGCAUCUUUAUCAUCGUGGUGUUUGUCUACAUAACUGUGGAAAAGAAGCCGCUCUUUGGUUAA